AUGGAUGGGCCGAGAUUAAGGUCGAUUCAGCUGAAAUCCGUUAUAAAACCGGAGCAGUGGCUGGCGUCGUCGAGCACUAAUACUGCCGUCAUGAUCGCUGUCAUCCUGCUUUUGCUAGCAGUUGCGAAUUGCGAAGAUAAAAAUAAGAAGGCUCCUGAAGUAAGCGAACAACUGGAUCCAAGCGUCUACAUGCGACCGGGAUUAUUUGGAGCUGCAGGACCGGUGUGUACCUAA